AUUAAAUGUUUACAAAAGAAUAAAACAUUAGUACAAAUUAAAACUGUUUCAAGUUUUUAUUCAACUGAUAUACAACCGAAAGAGAAUAAAAUACAAUCUCCCGUCAAUUCAUGGAAUGAAUGGGAUCCUUUAGAAGAAAUUAUUGUUGGAACACCAGAAUAUGCUACAGUACCACAUUUAUUACCUGAAGUGAAAACUUGUGCUGCCUCUGCUAAACAUGAUUUCUAUCUUCAAAAUGGUGGUAAAUAUUGGGCUGAUGUUAUACCAAAAGAACAUUGGCAAUUAUUGUGUAAACAAGUUGAAGAUUUUGUGAAAGUACUUGAAUUAGAAGGAAUUAAAGUUGUACGACCUAAUCCAGUAGAUUAUAAAAAAUCAUAUAAACUUCUUGAUAUUGAAACGCAAGGUUUUUAUGCUGCUAUGCCAAGAGAUUUUUUAUUAAUUGUUGGUGAUGAAAUGAUUGAAGGAACAAUGGCUUGGAGAUCAAGAUAUUUUGAAUAUGUAGCAUUUAGACCAUUGACUUUAAAUUAUUGGAGACAAGGUGCUAAAUGGACAAUUGGACCGAAACCAACAAAUUUUUCCAAAUUAAUACAA